GGGGCAGCAGAGGCAGAGAGAAGAGAGAGCUCUAACUCCCGAUCAGUGAGACACAGGCAGACAGACAGACAGACAGACAGACAGGCACACAGACUGACUGACAGACACACCGCCUGACCAUCAUGGACUGGAUCAGGACACAGAAACCCGUCUCCGGAUGAGACAGGACAGCCUGGCUUCUGUUUUUUGGGGGGACUCUGCUAUAGAUACGUGGAAUAACCGACAACCUAUUGGGAGAUUUAACCCCGUGCUACCCGUGAUGGAAUAUUUACACUCUUCUCAUUUUCCAAUUUUUCUCCUGUUCUCUUCCUCCUACUUCUCUUCCUCCAACACCUCCACCUCCUCUUCUUCAUCCUCUCACAUUUGACACGCUGCUGAAGAUGCGCACGAAUGCGUCUUUUGCGCACUUCUAUUGCGACCGUCACUGACAGCGCCCGUGCUUUAUAACCUUUUUGAAACCCUAUUGUUUUUAGACACCCGGGAGAGGAGAGAAAGAAGUGGAGUGAGCGAGAGAGCGAACGAGGUGUGAAUUGAAUUGAACGCGGUGCUGGUCUCAUGUUUCACGCCUAGGGCCCGGAUGUACCGAGAGAUGCACCGGUGCGUUUUCCCAACCGGUUCCGCCGAAAGCUCCCUCAUUUUUCUCGCCUUCUCCUCCAUCAUGGGGAUUAGGUAAUAUUCACUCCAUCCGAAGAAAUCCUCCCCAUAAACUAAAAUAACGGAAUACUCAAGACUGUCCGUGUCAGACAGUUAUUUCUUCUCCCCCCCCCCCCCUUUUUUUUUAAUUUCUUUAUUUUUGGGGGCUUUUUUUUCCUCGUUAUUUUCCCUCCGCCUCUCCAGCUUUUUCCUCUCUCUCUUCCAUUCACCUAUAGGGAUAGCGCCGGACUACAUUUAUGGUAAAUGAAAGCAAAAACAUGUACAUCCCGGAGGACACCCUUGAGAACCAUCAAGGCUCCGACUACUCUCCUCCUCCUCCCCUUCCUCCCCCUGUCCUGAGCAACGAGCACAGUGGAAGUGGUAGCCAUGGUGACCACGGUGGAGGAGGGGGCGGGGUCAACCACGGGUUAGGGGUGGUGGGCCUGGCCCCAGAGCACAUCGCCACACCGGGGGCAGCCCUGAGCUGGCAGGCGGCCAUCGACGCUGCACGGCAGGCGAAGAUGAUGGGCAAUGCUGCAUCGGGUGGAGGGGCGGGGCUUGGGUCGGGAGGGGGCGGGCCCAUCUCCACGGCCAGCUCCACGCAAAGGAAGAGACAACACUAUGGCUCUAAGCCCAAGAAACAGACAACGACGACAGCCACAAGGCCGCCUCGGGCCCUACUCUGUCUCACACUCAAGAACCCCAUCCGCAGGGCCUGCAUCAGCAUCGUGGAGUGGAAACCGUUUGAGAUCAUCAUCCUGAUGACCAUUUUCGCCAACUGUGUGGCCUUAGCCGUCUACAUCCCCUUCCCUGAGGAUGACUCAAACGCCACCAACUCCAACCUGGAGCGUGUGGAGUAUCUGUUUCUCAUCAUUUUCACGGUGGAGGCAUUCUUGAAGGUAAUAGCCUACGGCCUGCUCUUCCACCCCAACGCUUACCUGAGGAACGGAUGGAAUCUGCUCGACUUCAUCAUCGUAGUCGUAGGGUUAUUCAGUGCCAUCUUAGAGCAGGCCACCAAGGGGGACGGUGCCACUCCUAUUGGAGGGAAGGCAGCGGGCUUCGAUGUCAAGGCUCUAAGGGCGUUUAGAGUACUCAGACCCCUCAGACUGGUCUCUGGAGUACCCAGUUUACAGGUAGUGUUGAACUCCAUAAUCAAAGCCAUGGUUCCUCUGCUCCAUAUCGCUCUGCUUGUCCUCUUCGUUAUCAUCAUCUAUGCCAUCAUCGGCCUGGAGCUCUUCAUGGGCAAGAUGCACAAAACCUGCACUCACCAGAAUACAGGCACCAUUGCAGAGGAAAAGCCGGCACCGUGUGCACCUGACGGAGCUUACGGUCGACACUGUAAAUACAACGGAACAGAGUGCAGAGUGGGAUGGGAGGGCCCAAACGAUGGCAUCACCAACUUUGACAACUUCGCCUUUGCCAUGUUGACGGUGUUCCAGUGUAUAACCAUGGAGGGCUGGACGGAUGUGCUGUACUGGGUGAAUGAUGCAGUAGGGUACAUGUGGCCAUGGAUAUAUUUUGUCACCUUAAUCAUCAUCGGAUCCUUCUUUGUGCUAAACUUGGUUCUGGGGGUAUUGAGCGGAGAGUUUUCCAAGGAGAGAGAGAAGGCCAAGGCACGUGGUGACUUCCAGAAACUCAGAGAAAAACAGCAACUGGAGGAGGACCUCAAGGGCUAUUUAGACUGGAUCACUCAGGCUGAAGACAUUGACCCAGAGAAUGAAGAGGAGGGCAUGGACGAUGACAAACCUAGAAACCUGAGCAUGCCAGCCAGUGAGAAUGAAUCAGUCAACACAGACAACGCCCCCGGGGGAGACGUGGAGGGAGAGACCUGCUGUACCCGGCUAGCAAAUAGGAUCUCCAAAUCCAAGUUCAGUCGAUACUCUCGGAGGUGGAACAGGCUGUGUAGGAGGAAGUGCCGGGCAGGGGUCAAAUCACAGGUUUUCUAUUGGCUGGUCAUCUUCCUGGUUUUCCUCAACACUCUGACCAUUGCCUCUGAACAUCACCAGCAGCCUCAGUGGCUAACCGAUGUACAAGACAUAGCUAACAAGGUGUUGCUAGCACUCUUCACUGGUGAGAUGCUGUUGAAGAUGUACAGUCUGGGUCUGCAGGCAUACUUUGUUUCGCUCUUUAAUCGCUUCGACAGCUUUGUAGUAUGUGGCGGAAUUCUUGAGACCAUUCUGGUGGAAACCAAGAUCAUGUCUCCCCUCGGCAUCUCUGUGUUACGUUGUGUACGCUUGCUACGAAUCUUCAAAAUUACCAGAUACUGGAACUCCCUGUCCAACCUGGUGGCCUCCCUGCUAAACUCUGUUCGCUCUAUAGCUUCCCUGCUGCUCCUGCUCUUCCUCUUCAUCAUCAUCUUCUCACUGCUCGGCAUGCAGCUCUUUGGGGGAAAAUUCAACUUCGAUGAGACCAGACGCAGCACCUUUGACAACUUUCCACAGUCUCUGCUCACUGUUUUUCAGAUCCUAACAGGAGAGGACUGGAACUCUGUGAUGUAUGAUGGUAUCAUGGCAUACGGUGGACCAUCCUUCCCCGGCAUGCUGGUCUGCAUCUACUUCAUCAUCCUCUUCAUCUGCGGAAACUAUAUCCUACUGAAUGUCUUCUUGGCCAUCGCUGUUGACAAUCUGGCAGACGCUGAGAGCCUGACAUCUGCCCAAAAAGAAGAGGAAGAGGAGAAGGAGAGGAAAAAACUGGCCAGGUUGGCCAGUCCAGAGAAGCGGCAUGCCAACGAGAAGCCGCCUCUGAAGGAGGAGAAGAAGAAGGAGAAGAUAGAGUUGAAGUCCAUUACUUCUGAUGGAGAGACCAACGCUGCUACUAAGAUUACCAUGGAUGACUACUGUGGUGAUGAGACUGAAGAGAAGAACCCAUAUCCUGCCAAUGAUUAUAUAGGAGACGAGGAUGACGAAGAGCCAGAGAUGCCAGUAGGCCCAAGGCCGCGGCCACUCUCUGACAUUCAGUUGAAGGAGAAAGCCAUUCCCAUGCCUGAGGCCCGUGCUUUCUUCGUCUUCAGCCACACCAACCAAUUCCGGGUUUUGUGCCAUAAGAUUGUCAACCACAACAUCUUCACCAACCUCAUCCUCUUCUUCAUCCUGCUUAGCAGCAUCAGUCUGGCAGCAGAGGACCCGGUCAAGAACGACUCCUUCAGAAACCAGAUCCUAGGCUAUGCAGACCACGUCUUUACUGGACUCUUCACCAUAGAGAUUAUUCUUAAGAUGACAGCAUAUGGGGCAUUCCUCCAUAAAGGUUCAUUCUGUAGAAACUAUUUCAAUAUUCUGGACCUGGUGGUGGUCAGUGUGUCCCUCAUCUCCUCUGGAAUACAGUCCAGUGCAAUUAAUGUGGUGAAGAUCUUGAGAGUUCUGCGAGUGCUCAGACCACUGAGGGCCAUCAAUAGAGCCAAAGGACUAAAGCAUGUAGUGCAGUGUGUGUUUGUGGCCAUCCGGACCAUCGGCAACAUUGUCAUCGUUACCACGUUGCUCCAGUUCAUGUUCGCCUGCAUUGGAGUACAACUCUUUAAGGGCAAGUUCUUCUACUGUAGCGACAGCUCCAAACAAACUUAUGCAGAAUGCAGGGGUUUCUACAUUAUGUAUAAGGAUGGUGAUGUGGGGAAGCCUGAAAGAUCCGAGAGAAAGUGGGAGAACAGUGACUUUAACUUUGACGAUGUCCUGCAAGGCAUGAUGGCUCUGUUUGCUGUGUCUACCUUUGAGGGCUGGCCAGGAUUACUGUACCGGGCCAUAGACUCUCACACUGAGGAUGUUGGGCCCAUCUACAACUACCGCGUGGUCAUCUCCAUCUUCUUUAUCAUCUACAUCAUCAUCAUUGCCUUCUUCAUGAUGAACAUCUUCGUCGGUUUUGUCAUCGUCACAUUCCAGGAGCAAGGAGAGCAAGAAUAUAAGAACUGUGAGCUGGACAAGAACCAGCGUCAAUGUGUGGAGUAUGCUUUGAAGGCACGUCCGUUGCGUCGAUACAUCCCCAAGAACCCUUACCAGUACAAGGUGUGGUAUGUGGUCAACUCCACCUACUUUGAGUACCUGAUGUUCACACUCAUCCUUCUCAACACCAUCUGUCUGGCCAUGCAGCAUCAUGGACAGACGAAAAAUUUCAAUGAUGCCAUGAACAUCCUCAACAUGCUCUUCACUGGACUCUUUACUGUGGAGAUGAUCCUUAAACUGAUCGCCUUCAAACCCAGGGGGUACUUUAGUGAUCCCUGGAAUGUGUUUGAUUUCCUCAUCGUAAUUGGCAGCAUAAUAGACGUCAUUCUCAGUGAGAUCAACCCAGCUGACUCCUCCUCGUCCUCGUCCUCCUCCUCUUCGCCCUCCUCCUCCUCCUCUUCCUCCUCUCACCCCCUUGUGGUAAGGCCAAUGGUACGCUCCGACGGUAACCUCGUACGCCUCCCUACCUCCUCUACCAUCCCUCCAUCCCUCCAUCCUUCCAUCCCUCCUUCUGCUACGCCAACCAUGGGACUGCAGAACUCUGAAGAGAACGCCAGGAUCUCCAUCACCUUCUUCCGGCUGUUCCGCGUGAUGAGGCUGGUGAAGCUGCUGUCUCGCGGGGAAGGGAUUCGGACCCUGCUGUGGACCUUCAUCAAAUCCUUCCAAGCUCUGCCCUACGUAGCUCUGCUUAUAGUGAUGCUAUUCUUCAUAUACGCUGUCAUCGGCAUGCAGAUGUUUGGUAAGAUAGCGCUGCGGGACCACACACAGAUCAACAGGAACAACAAUUUUCAGACGUUCCCUCAGGCAGUGCUGCUGCUCUUCAGAUGUGCAACAGGUGAGGCAUGGCAGGAGAUCAUGCUGGCGUGCUCGCCCGUUCGGCCGUGUGAGAAAGGAUCAACCAAUGAGAACAACACGGCUAACGAGGACUGUGGCAGCCAGUUUUCCAUUAUUUACUUUGUCAGCUUCUACAUGCUCUGUGCCUUUCUGAUCAUAAACCUGUUUGUGGCCGUCAUCAUGGACAACUUUGAUUACCUGACACGUGAUUGGUCGAUCCUGGGGCCGCAUCAUCUUGACGAAUUCAAGAGGAUCUGGGCUGAAUAUGACCCAGAGGCUAAGGGGAGGAUAAAGCACCUGGAUGUUGUGACUCUGCUGCGGAGAAUCCAGCCUCCCCUCGGCUUUGGAAAGCUCUGUCCACACAGGGUGGCCUGCAAGCGUCUGGUGUCGAUGAACAUGCCUUUGAACAGUGAUGGAACAGUGAUGUUCAACGCCACGCUGUUUGCCCUGGUCAGAACAGCACUCAGGAUCAAGACAGAUGGUAACCUAGAGCAGGCCAAUGAGGAACUGAGGUCAAUAGUGAAGAAGAUCUGGAAGAGAACCAGUAUGAAGCUCUUGGACCAAGUAGUGCCCCCUGCUGGAGAUGAUGAGGUAACAGUCGGGAAGUUCUACGCUACCUUCCUCAUCCAGGAAUAUUUCCGCAAGUUUAAGAAGAGGAAAGAACAGGGGCUGGUGGCCAAGGUGGCCCCCAAAACUGCCCUUUCUCUGCAGGCGGGCCUGCGGACUUUGCAUGACAUCGGUCCAGAGAUUCGGAGGGCCAUCUCUGGAGACCUGACCGUGGAGGAGGAGCUGGAUAAAGGCCUGAAGGAGCCUGUGUCGGCUGCAUCCGAGGACGAUAUCUUCAGGCGUACUGGUGGGUUGUUCAGCAACCACGUCAACUACUACAACCAGAGCGAUGGCCACAGUUCCUUCCCACAGUCCUUCACUACCCAGCGUCCCUUACACAUCAGCCAGAAGGGCUCCCCUUGUGAAGGCGAGAGCCCGUCCCACGAGAAGCUUAUGGACUCGACCACUUUCACCCCUUCCUCUUACUCUUCAUCAGGCUCCAACGCAAACAUCAACAAUGCCAACAACACUAGCAUGGUCGGGGUGACGACCCAGGGCAUCAGUCGAUUCCCAAGCCCGUCCAUAAGCACUGUGGACGGGCACACAGGACAGCCACUCACCCCCAUCCUGCUGCCAAGAUCCGCAUGGUGCUUUCCUCCAAAGAGCUCGGACUUAAGUGACAGCCGUCUGCCAAUCAUCCGAAGAGGCGAGGGGUCAACGGAGGAGACGUAUGAUGAGAGCUACGGCGACGACAGGGAGUACCACGAGGCCGACCACUCGCUCUCCUCUGACAUGCUGGUGUAUCAUGAUGAGACAUUUAAGCAGUUGACUCCCAUGGAGGAAGUAGAGGAGGUAGAAGACAGAAGAGGAGGAGGAGGGUGGCAGUCUCCCAGGAGAGUCUUCCUCUGCCCCACUUCUCUGGGGCGGAGAUCGUCCUUCCAUCUGGAGUGUCUCAGGAGACAGUCAAAGCCAGACAUCUCCCAGAAGACGAGUGUCCCGCUACAUCUUGUACAUCAUCAGGCUCUGGCAGUCGCAGGGUUGAGUCCUCUGCUAAGAAGGAGUCACUCCCCUACCCUCUUCAGCCAACUGUGCUCCACGCCUCCAGCCAGUCCCUUAGCCCAUGGCAGUGAUGCCUCGUACCAACGAGUGCCCUCUCUGAGGCUAGAGGGCUCCUCCUCCCAUGAAAAGCUCAAUACCAGCUUGCCCUCUGUCAACUGUGGGCCCUGGUACAACGACAGUAAUGGGAACAGCCGGGUGCCCAGUCCUAGCCCCAGCGUGUCAGUGUCCAAUCAAAGACCACAACGGCCGGUGUCGCUCACAGUGCCCUCGCUACUGGGCAAAGACUCCAGCUCACUGUGUCAUGGCAGCGCAGGCAGUCUGGUGGAGGCGGUGCUAAUAUCAGAGGGUUUGGGUCAUUUCGCCCAGGACCCGUCGUUCAUCGAGGCGACCAAAGCCGAGUUGGCCGAUGCAUGUGAUAUGACCAUUGAAGAGAUGGAGCACGCCGCCAACAACAUUCUCAACGGCAACACCGCCACCACCGCCACAUCCUGCACCUCCUCCACCUCCCAGCACAGCCCCAACGGCAACCUCCUCCCCUUCCACACAGCAGCAGCAGCAACGCACAGGGACCAAGUGGUCAGCGAGGGCGGGGAAGAAGCCAGAGGAAGCAGAGGCUCUGUCCAUGAGCCGUCCUCGGUGGAGGAGCGGCAGGAGCUGCUAGCAGGGGGGAGGGGACGAGAAGAGGAGGAGGAAGAGGCAGUAGGGCGGGAGGAGGAGCAACACAGAAGCUCGGUUGUGAUUGGAGGAGCGCAGCACAGGAACAGCGGGCUGUUGGAGGACGAGGAUAUGGAGUGUGUGACGAGUUUGUAGGAGUUAGAUUGACGGGUUCGAUUGGCCAACUGGCCCCUCUGACAUCAUCAGAGACUGACGCUUGUCAGUGCUGGGUAACAGCGCCGCGGCUAGCUCUGUCUGUCCCCGCCCCACUCACACACACACACACACACACACACACACACACACACACACACAGUGUCUGCCUCUCUGACGUAACCGCUCUGGACAAUGGCGGCCAGUGACGCAACCUUAAACACCUGGUUAUGACUUUGUUGGUUAAUAUGACUUUGUAUGUGUGUGAAUGUUUGUAGUCAAGUAUACCACACUAUACUCUAUACUAUCUGAGUGUAUGCUUGUAUGUGACCUAUGAUUUGUACGUGUGCGUGAGUGCGUGUGUUCUACACGUGUCUGAGUGUGUCUCUAAAGUGCCUCACAGUUUUAUCAUGUCCUCAAAGUGUGAAGAGCAGAAAAGUAGAGAGAAGCAAAAAAGCGAGGAGAAAGUAGAAAUGAAGGAAAGGUAGAAAGGAAACAACAGAAGCAGGAAGUCCUUUUAUGGAUUUCCUGCAGUCAACAUAGUGUGUUUAUUGUUUUCAUUUCCUAUGCCUACUUAGGUGUUGUGUUAGUGUUGUUUGUCUGGCCGCCAUGAAGCCAGGUAGGGGACAGCAGACCAGCUUGGGGGGGUGGGGUCAGUUAAGGAUUUAAAUCUGACCACACCCACUUGUGGUCAAAGGUCAACACCUUCUUGGUUCACUGAUGAUGAAGCGCUGUAUUGAGUAAACGGGGCGAGGAAAAACCCUGUUUGAAAUCUCUUCCUCUUCCAAAGCUAAGGAACCUUGGAGCACAGCCCUGCCAGCCUGGGGGUGGUAUUAAGGUGACACACCACCCCCUGCCAAAAAUCCCCAAGAUUUUAAGGAUGGCCCAACAGCCACAACAGGGCUUCUGUAGGGGGCCACGGGCAGAGAGAGACACUCUCUGGCCAACAGGAGGCUGGCCAGCUCUUUUGUCCGCUGUUCAGCGAGAGACAAACUCACCUCGUCCGUCACCUUGAUCUGGCAUCGCUUCCUCUACCGCUUUUCCUUGUUUGACCAUGCCCACCACCUGCCCCAAACAGGAAAUGGGAGGAGCAUUUGGUGGCUAAGCAAAGACAGCAAGCCCCUUUUUCUGCCUCAUACCUCGCCGUUCCUCACUCCCCCCUCUCUCCUUCCUCCCUCUUAUUUGGUUAUUCCACGACCCCUCUUCCUCCAUCGCUGGGUUUUUUGCUUUUUUAGCCCUCGGGAGGUGAGUGUGUCAAAUGGGGCAACAGAGACGGAGGGUGGAGGAGAGAACGGGAGUGACCGAUUGAAAAGAAAACAAACUCGGGGCAUGGAUCUACAGAGGAUCUGUCAGUCAAUCAACCUCACUUCCUUCUCCAAGACCCUCCUCUUCCUCUCAGCGUAGAAUCCUAUUGGAUUUGCUGCCACACACUCUCUCUACAGACCACGCCCACUAUGUAUUUAACAGUUCAAUAUUGUGCAAAACUGGCUAGCCAUGACUAAUUUGUUUUAUAUUCAUGAUGUUAUUGGUUUAAUUUAUCCUUGAUUUGUUUGCACAAUCGGGGUGCUGGUCUUAUAAAUGUAUUUUUGCUCGGUUUAUUUUAGGAGAAUUUUAAGAGGUUUUAAGUAUUGAAGCAGGGCGUAGUGUUUGCGUUCGAGUGUAUAACUAUAUUGGUGUGUGCGGGUGUGUGUCUGCGUUUUAGUACAGAAUGUAUGUAUGCACGAAUGUGUGAGAUAGUGUGUGUAUCUAAAAGGGGGUCUUUCUCUCUAUCAGUAUGCACCUUUUACAGAUUGUAUCUAUUUAUUUAUUUAUUUUUCCCAGAAGAGAAAAAUGUGUGUGAGAAUGUGCAUUUGUAUGUGUGCGUGCCUGUGUCCGAGUGGUUACUUAUGUAUUCUAAACAGCUGAUUUUAAGCCUAGACAGUAAAUUAAGGUAGCAUUACAAGUAUGGUAUUUUGUGCGUGUGCGCAAGGGUGUGUGUGUGUGUGUGUGUAUGUGAUAAUGGGCCUCCUUAACACAGGGUUACCAUGGACAGGCAUGCUUCCAAAGCUUUGGGAUUUCUUUAGCACGGUUUUUACUUUUUAGCCAAGCUGCAGAGUCAGAAGCCAUUCUAUCUUUGAAAUUUCAUCAUCGUAUAAUUUUUCUUUAUUUCUCUGUUUAGAUGUAAUUAGGCGUAAGGUCUCCAGCGAGGUCAGAGUGACGGUAAAGUUUACAGUGGUGAUGCGUUUUGGCAUUGCAGCUUGGCCAGAAGGGAACAAGCCUUUUGGCAAUUGCUGCUUUUCUUCUUUAUGGUGGAUUGUUGCUCUGAGUGGUAGAAGCACCAAAUUCGCACUGCCACAGUGACGCCUCGUGAAUGAACUGGGGGGUGACGCACUGAUUGCUCGGCUUUAACACACCAUAAUCACACAAUUUCAUAAUUUAAUCGUAGUUUAAACUCCAAAUGAACUAUUAGGGCUGGUGUACAGAUGCUGCAAGACUUCUGAAUCACAUCUCUUUGUCUGAGGUCUGCUCAUAUCACAAAACAUUAUGAUUUAUUGUCAUUGUUAGAAAUAAAACAGCUCCCUGUCUGUAAUAUCAUUUACUGGUAAAACUAAUUACUGAAAUAAAUUAUACUACAAACAGGUCAUUUACUGUCAGUUGAUAAGAUGUGAUAAUUGUUUGGUUAACAUGAAAAAGAAUUGAAUACAGAUCAGUAAACUGUCAGCUUGGAGGGAAGUUGUCCUGGAUGAUUCCCCAGUGGUGUGAUUUUUGUCUUUUCAUUUUCUUCUAAUGGCUUUUAGGUAGCAUGCUCACAAACGUUUACUGACCUUUCUCUUUUAUAGUUUGGAUUCACCUGAGAUAAGGUAUGACCACAUGAUGCCAUGGCCAAUUAUGGACCUCAGGCACCUUGGUACAUUACACAGGGCACAGGUCUCCCCUUGGUGUUGUAUCUUCUCCAAAAAAAAACAUUCCUAAUGUCAGUAUCACAUCCUUGGUGCCAAUUGUUGCAUUUAUUGAACAACUUUAUAGUAUUUAAAACUGAAAUGAUUCAGUUCAGCUCUCUAAAGCGUUAAAACAUAAUUGUCGUUGCCACCACAAUCCAGAUGCAAAGUCAACUGUACACUAGGCUAGUAUUAAAAGCCUGUAUCUUACCAGACCAGUGCUCACAUGCAGGUACAUCUCAGUGGAUCUAGGCAAAAAGAUUUUCUAUGGUCAAUUUCAUGUUCAGGUUAGAGCAUUAAAAACCGUACUUUUUAACUUACACUCUCUUAUUAGCUCUAAAGAAAAUUCUAAUAUUUUGCAACAGAUGUUUAUCUCUAAAGAUCUCACUUUUAAAUAUAUUGAAUUCCCACCCAGAGACACUUUCACAUGUAAACUUACAGCCAUUAGUUUUCACUUUAAUUUACCAUUCCGGACUAACUGCUGAGCUCUCAUUCCUACAUGUUAUCAUGUUAAGCAGAGCAGGUUUGUGGCAGGGAAGGGUAUGCAUGAACACACUGCCAUACACUGCAUCCUGUGCCAGUAACAGACUUCUGACAUUAUUAUGCAAACUAAAUGUGAAUGUUGAACGUGUUUUAGUGGCAGUGCUAUUGUUGUUUUGUGGUAAUUAUCAUACUGCAAGGCCUGAAGAAGUCUGUGUUGUCAAAGGAAUACCCUCCCUGACAUGUAGUCUGUUCUUUUCUUUUCUUCCUAUGGCCUCAUAAAACAUCUUCAGCGUUUAUUUUUUUUCUUUCAGUUAUUUUAAAAGCAACUCAUAAAAAUAGUAUUUAUAUUUAAACGACUUGGUACCAUAUGUUAAUAGACUACUUUUUGGCUAGUGGCUCACAUCAGUUUCAGUAUUUUAGUCAAACUUUAAGUCUAAAAGUUAGGAAAGCAGAUUUAAGGUGUGGUCAAACAUGUUGAUGUGUGUGCAGCGAAGCAGUUGGGUUCAGUGUUUUUCUGCACAAUCUCACUUUGUGCUUUGGUUUUUGUUUCCACACUCUGUCGGAUCAGCCCUGGUAAAGUUGAUUUAACCCUGAACAAAUUUAAAAGAUAUAAUGAGUCCUCCUCCUCCUGGUUAUUAAUGCUGGUUUACUCAAUACACCUAAUGACUAUAGGACUAAAUCCUCAAUAAUAAAUGUAACCAGCAGGCACCUGAAUUGUAAAGUAGUAUUUUUGUAUCUAAGCUGCUACAGAAAAGCCAGCAAGCUAUCUGGCUUUCUAAUUAUCCAAAACAGAACCAUUCUCAGACUUGACCAAGUUAAGAAAAAGGAUGGGAAGAUCUCCACAAUCACUGAUCAAUAGUCAUAUUCAUAAAUGUUCAGUAUCAUCUCCAGCUUUGAGGAUAAAAGAACAUAGAUAAUGCAUACAUGCACCUCAGAAACUACAGUUCAAAUCCUUUACCUUUGUGUUCCUAAUAAAUGUCCACUUACAUAUUAUAGACACACACAUUUGGAGUAACCCUGCAUAUCAGAAGUGCAAACCCGGGCUUUGUUGUUUCUGUUAAAAAGUUCUUUGAUUUCAAAUGCUGGUGAGAGAGAUAUAGAGGCAUGUGGUGCCCCUGUGUGGAGUGGAGCAGCAUUGCAGUUUUUAUGUUACAUAUAGGUUGAACUAUGAGUUGUAUAUGGUAUGAGUGAGUGUAAUCCUGCAUCCCACAAGAUAUGCAAAAACAAUGCAAUAACUUUGACUGUAUACAAGGUUUCCCGAAGUAAAUAUAUUUGUGAAAGUGGAAAAAAAAAUAUGACGAUGUAUAGUUUUUUUUUUAUUUUUACAUUUUGACGUAAACUCAGUGGUUUACAUGCCAGAGAAACCUAACAUACUUGAAAUCAGGUACAUUGCAGUGCAGUAUAGUAAAGAGUAUUUAUUUAUCUUUCUCGUGCCAUGGUGUUGGAUCUGUAUCUGCAGUCUAAAAUGUGUAUUGAGACAUCAACAUGAAAUUGGUGUUUUUUGCUUGCGGUUUAGCUUCCAGCCAGUGUAGCCCCAGGAUGAAAAUCUGAUUGUUUAUUUUGAUGACUCAGCAGCAAAAACAACCAACUUCACCUCCCUGACUCAAUAUGUGUUUGACUGCAUCUCUUUCUCCUGUUUAUUUCCAGUUUUAAAUGGAUUAAGCUACAAGGGUGUGCCAUCAGUAUUGCAUGAGGUUCACAUGUUGACAUUGAGCGUGCCAGGUUUUGCAGUCUUUUUGUUUUGAUCAGGUUAAGUAUCAUAUCUCAUUAUGACAGUAGCUAUUUCUAUUUAGUGUACAUAUGAUUAAAGUCAGUAUUUUUUCUCUAGAUAAACAUCUGAGUGUGGACAGCAGGAGGGGUGUUCGGAAGGUGAUUUUGCAUAUCUUGUGUCCUCCGGGCUCUUAGUCCAUGUUCUGAUUCCUAACCUCAAGAAGGACAGAGCUCAUGUUUAUAUGAUUGUCGAACGUUGAGAGAGAAAGCAAACUACAGUAUUUUUACUCCACAGUUUAGACAGGUGUCACUACUUCUUUGCCUAUGUGUUGCCAUAGUCUCUGUUUUCAACUUGUAUCUUUUCCUUGUUUGACAUUUGGAAGAUGGACCAGUGGGAAUCAUUUUUAUGAAAUGGACCAAAUUACCCAUAAUUAGUAGUUUUGUUUUUUACGAAACAUAUUUGUGAAUUGAAAUCAAGGCUCAGGGCAGACAAACACAGAGGCAGGAGCUACAUAGCACGUACACACUCGAUUGCUUACUUGCUAUGUUCAAGCACAAAGUAAACAGUAUACAUGAAAACGUCAACUUAAAAUCCACAGGUUAAACUGAAGCUGUGUCCCAAUUCCAUACCAGACACUAAUUCUGAGCAGUUUUUAAGUAUUUAGUGUGUUCAGAUAUAUACUGUAAGUAAAAAUAUAAGGGGGACUCGCAAGAUUAAAAGAAGAAUGGUAGAAAUCGAUAGAGCAGAGUCCGAGAUAUCCUGACGUUUAGACCUAAAUAGGCUUUUCUAUAGACCCUCCCUGCCCACAUCUUUUAAACUUCAUGGUUUCUUAAAUGAAUUACAGAUUAUCAAUAUCAGUAUCAUUCAAAUGAUAGUGUAAUUUUAAAGUCAGUUUAAUCGACAUUGGACAGUGUAGUAUAACAUGGUUAGGUAUGCUGAUUUCUCAUAAACCAACAGCAAAACAUACUAUAUAUAUAUAUAUAUAUAUAUAUAUAUAUAUAUAUAUAUGUAUGUAGUUAUAUUAUAUACAAUAAGUGUGUAGUAUGGAAUUGGAACACAGCAGUGUUUUUGUCCACCCUGCCAGUAAUAGUCCCUUAACAGCUGACAUUUUGACUAAUCAGCAGUAAAAGCACAGGUGGAAUUUAUAACCUUAAACAUGGCUUACUUCCAUUUUGGUGUGCCAGUAAACCGGUGUGCAUCAAACCUCAGCUGUGGAGCUGGAACCACUAAAUGGGAAGUCGCCAUUAUUAAUAAUAUUAGUUACACAUGUGUUUUGCAAGUCUGUUGUGUGUGUUUAUGUAGCUGUGGUCUCUGGCUCAAUGUAGAUAGUUAGUAGCCAGUUUAUCAGGCUGAUAAGCUGCAGCUGUGUCCACAGCUAGUUAAACUACAGCCACACCCCUCUGUCAUAAAGGGUGCAGGUCAAAUUCAAGUAAUUUCCUCAAGUGAAAGCAAAGAAAGAGAGAGAAUAAAGUAGACGGAAGACAAUCUGUUGAUGACAGUGGGAAGCAGUGGGUGUUUGGUCUGCGUAAGAAUGUUGGAUGUAGAGUAUCUUUUGGGGAUCGUUGAAGAUUUUAUUUCAUCAUGUUUGAAUUUCAGGGUGGUCUAAGUUCUUACAUGGUGAAUUAUAUAUUCAAGUAAUGUAUGUGCAUGAGUUCUCUCUCUAGGGAUAUAAAGUAUUGGCCCUAUGUGAAUGAUAAUAUCUGUAUCUCACCACUAGCCAAUGAUUGUAUAUUUUUUAUACACCACAUACCAUAUUAUAGGAAGAAAUAUAUGAAUAUAUAAUAUUUAAUCACCAGAAUGUUAUAAUAAGGAAAAGGCAGGACACUUAUUUGGGAAUGUAGUUAGUGAAAUGUUGGUUAUGAAAAUGUGUUAUAUAAGCCUACUGACUGAGGGUCAGUAAGAAUUUAGUCCCACUUUACUGACUGUAUUUUUGACCAAUAGGGAACCAGCAGGGAAUCAUGUAGCCUAGUUAUAUUUACAAAAGAAGAAGAAACAUUGUAUGUUUCAGCUGAAGGCAUAUACACAAUGGGCUUUAAGGUCGUUUCACCACCGCCUUGGAUGAUUCAGAUGAUAUAAUUAACCACAGCUAAGCCCCCUCGAAAUCUAUCCAUUACCAGUGCUGUGGCUCCAGAAGUAGACAGGCUCUUUGUUCAACUUUUAAAUACACUAGGGUACAGAAAUGAAUGUGGUUCACUUGCCACAUUUCCCAAUUUUAUUUUAAAUUUUAGGCAACAGCGAGAUCUGAAAUCUAACGUGUUUGCUUUAGUUUUUUUUUUUUUUUUUCGUGAAGUGAGCUGAAAGACAGUAACCUACCAGCAACCUGUCAGCGUAGGUCAAAGUCUGGACAUUUUCCUACUGUAGCACUGAGAGACCUGUCUCUCUUUCACUAAUCGAUACACACACAUAUACACUGUACACUUUUUCAAAUGCAUUAUCAAAGCUAUUAAAGACAUCAAACCAAAAGAAUCCACCUAUCAAGGACUAGCUCUCUUUAUGGUUUGAGCCAUGAAAAUCAUGUAGCUUCUAUUUUUUUCUUCCAAGAAAGGAAUUAGAGGACUUGAACUAUAUAAGUGUAGAUACAUUCUUAUUAAAUGCAGGAAGAGGAGUAUUCAGCAGCUGACUAGCUCAAUGAUUUUGUGGGUUAAUGCUGAAUUUAUUUAUAAUUUAUUCUGCAUCUUGACAGUAAGGGUGUUAAGAAACCAUGUUAUGUUUGUGUGGAAGAGCUGCUGUACAUGACAAAAAAAAAGAUGUCAUCGAACAUGCUUUUUAUUUUCCACGUGCCAUUUUAGUAUUAGAGUUCUGUGUUUAUCCUAAACUAUACACAGAUAUGUGCUCAAUUUAACAGAGAGUGUAAGGCUGGAAAGCAGGAGUUGUGUUAUUCUUCCUGUCUUAGUCACUCAGAUUCCCUUAUAUAUAUAUAUAUAUAUAUAUAUGUUAUAUUUUCUUGUAAACCAAAGUGUUGUUGAUCAUUGUUCGAUCCUGACAUAUUUUAAGAGGACUAUUUUGAAUAUAGAUUUUAUUUUACUUUUUUCCUAAGUAAAAAAAAAAAUCUGCAUAGCCUGUUGUAGGAAUCAAAUUAAAUCUAAUUCAAACUUCCCUGUUCUGGAGAAACAAGAGAGGAUCGUCUCUUUGUUUUUCUCUUGUACAGAUGUCUUGACAUCAAUGCUGAUGGACGCUUUGGGGAAUAGAGCAGAACGCGAAAGGGAAUAUACUAUAAAAUACACAUUCAUAUUGCAAGUGUCUUCUAUUUUAUAUAUAUAAAUAUAUAGAGAGAGAAUCAAACUAUAUCUAAAUUAUAUGAUGGUAAAUGAUAGUUUACUUUGCGGAGGAUCAAAAGAAACCAUGUGAAAAAUCACAUUCAAUUCACAGCCUGCUAAAUAUAAAUGAUUCAAAGUUAUUGGAUGGGUUUUGGAGACAAAUUGAUUGCAGUGUUUAAACUUUGAUCAGUAUUGAAAAAAUCUUAACCAACCCUCUGCAUACUGUGCUGCACUGGCUCAGCACUGUUUAACACUCAAACGCUCCUAGACAUGUCUUUGACAAGUCUUCACAGAUCAGUCUUGGGAAAAAUUUGAUUUGUUCACUCGAGAUGGUGGUGAGGAACAAAAAUAUGAUUAAUUUACUUCCUUUUUAAAUGAACCAAAUAGAUGAUAUUGACUUGCCUGAUAGAUUUAGAAAUAGCAUAAAGGAUUGUUAGAUAUAUAACCCACCCAUUGUGUAGCAACACCUACAUCAGCACCCAUAUGUAAACAUUUAGGACAACUGUUAGUAUUGGAAGGACCUUGAAAGCCUUGUGUUUAUCACUAAUUCCUUCUUUUAUCAUUCAUACACUUAAAUCAAUAAUAACUCAUAAAGGAGAUACCUGUUUGCACGUUAGAAUAUCUGAGUCUGCCACAUAGAUUGCUCUUUGUGUUUACUUUGAUGGAGAAAGCUGCACCCACAGCUUGUGGAUUGAGGAAAGGAGUUUUGUGUACCAGCAUUGACUUUCUUCAGGAUAUAACUUCAGCUAACAACUCUGAGCUCCUGAGGUGUGGCAGCAGCUUUACGAUGCAGACUUUCUGUCAGUGUUUCUGGUGGUAAAACAGCUCCUCAGUAGAACCACAAAUGUCUGUGCCUCCCUUCAUCUACUACUGUCUAAUUUUAAUGAUACUUAACAUUGCACACAUGAAUGUUGAUUUCAUCCCUUGAAUGUGCAGCGAUGCUCAUACAUAUCUGGAAAAUUAAAGUAUUUGAGAGUUAGACUACUAGUUUAUGUUUGGAUAUUUAGCAUCCCUUAAUGGAAGAAACUGGCAUCUCAGUUUUGACCACCACAUUCAUAAAGAAUCAGAUUUUAACUCUUAGCUGACACAUAGGAUCUCUACAAACUUUGAUUCCAAGUGGGUUUGUCUCGCUAAGAAAGCCACACUUGACCACAAAGAGUUAGAAACAAACAGGUCUUGUAUGCCUGUGUGUGUAAUGAAUGAGUUGGCCCAUCUGAGAGCAGUGUCAUGUACAUUAUCAGUGUUUUCUUCCGUGAGUUAUUUCUUGCUGGUGUGGAAACGCCUCUUUAACAGCAUGCAGGCGUUAACUAAUUUUUGGCCUUUUGCCAGCCUGAUGAUUCAAUGGCAGGUGGUCCACAGCUCCAUAUACAGUAGUGUUCGGCAAAGGCUUUCCUGUUCCUUAUUUACUGGGUAAAUGCCAUGGCUAUGUGGCUCUGUGCUCCACUGGUCAGUAGUGUCUUAAGAUCUUGUUCGUAGUCUUAGUUCACUACUCAUGCAAAGUGUUAAAGGGCCUUUGACAGGAUUGAGCUGUUUGUUUGUCUGUUAUUAUUUUGUAUGGAGAGAGGUUUUCACACAGAGACCAAUUUGUUGUAAUAUUAGUACGUGACGCUACUGUUAAAUGUAGUAUUUAAUAACAGCACUAUUUAUGGUCAAAAAAAUGAACUAGAGUGUGUAAUUGUACUUGCGGUAGCUUUGGAGGCAGGUGGUCAUUUUGUAACUGAUCUUAAAAACAUAAGCCACUCCCCCUCGACUGCGAGGGAUAUCAUUGGUUCUGAGGUUGCUAAGUGACACUGGCCCAACAUCAUUUGGUUUCCUCAGUCACCAUUUGUCUCUUCGGUGACAACUGCAUGGUCUCACAGUUGACACUCCCUUUUUUUCUUCUUCUUUUUUUUCUUCUAAUGGAGAGUUCUUGAUUUCAUUUUUGUUCAUUCACUUAAUUUUACAUUUUAGAAAGGGAAAGAAUGCAAAUGAAAUAAAUCUGAAUAUUAAUUCAAUCACUUUUUCUACUCCUAUUUUCAAUAAAAAGUGAAACGAAAAACCAAACAAAAAGUUGAUUUGUAAAUAAGUAAUGUACAGUUUGUAUCUGUAACUUGUCAGUCUGUCAUUGGUGACAGAGUCUGUCUUGCUUAUAACGCACGCUACCAGUAAAUAAAAAAAAGGAAAAAGUAUAUUUAGACUGUAUGGUCCCUUGAAAGCAAGUUUUAAAUUAAUAUCUGAUGUAUAUUCCUGUAACAUUGCAUUUUUAUCUGAGGAAUGAUGUUAUUAAAAAAUUGCAAAUAAAUUGCAUUUCCUACA